UCCCCGAAAAAGCGGAGAAGGACGGCGGAGAAAAACCCGUGAAAGAGUGCACUUUUCCGAAGCUGAGGAGUCGCAUCCUCUGGUUGGACUUUGCGCAGAGUUUUUGCGGAUUGACGCAGUCGUUGAUGCGCAGUUUCUGGUAUCAGACAUCAGACAGUCCUCAGCCAUUACAUCCUGUCAGAUUUUCCCACCAGUGAGACGAUACCCUGGGAUUUUAAACUCAGUCCUCCAUGCAGACUCAUCUGACCCCAUGUUAGACACAGGAAGUCAUUUAAAGUCGCAGCUGUCAGGGUUACUUUUCAUGAUUUGAGUGUCUGUCGCACCUGAAGAAUUAGCAGCGGUGUAACAAACGGACUGGCCACAUUACUAAAGCUUUUUAUUCUCGUGUACACCGUCUUCAAGCCUCCACUCCGCAGGGGGAUUUAGUCUGUUUGAGCUUAGGUCUGUAACAGAGUGCAGAAUCUCAUUUCCACACUUCACCAGCUUAUAUAGUUCUCCAUAUCCUCUUUAUUUAUUCAUGUAUUCACAGCAGGGCACAAGUCAUCAGCUUCCCAUACUAAUGCAAAUACCUGUUGCUUGUACCUGCCUGUAACCUUCACUCAGAGCUUUUAGACCAUUUGUGAAUAUUUUAUCUCUCCAUAUAACUAAAUGCUUGCACUCAACACUCACUGGUCAAACACAAAUGUAUUAAGUUCAACUCCAGACCAGUAGCUUUUAAUCGUAUCCCACAAUGGAUCACAGCCUCCUGUAAUUCGGGGCCCGUCACAGGUUGGGGGUGUCAGACAAUCAGACCCUUCAGUCAUGUUGUCCGAGGUGCAGCCGUGUUUCCAGCUGCUUCGGAUCGGGUCGUCGGGCGGGGACUCGGCGCGGGAUCUGUACACGUUCCGGCCGGCGCUGAGCCAGUCGGUGUUUCGCCUCGGGAGGGCGGCGGAGCUGUGCGACGUCACUCUGGACUCCGCAUCCGUGUCCAGGAUCCACGCCGAGCUGCACGCCGAGAGGGAGGGGAACUCUGAUGACACGGUGUCACAGGAGGAAGGAUGGAGGGUCCACGUCAAGGACCGGAGCAGCCACGGCACCUGGGUCAAUGAGGUCCGCCUCCAGCCGGGCAUCCAAUGGGAGCUCUCGGAUGGCGACACGCUGGUCUUUGGCGGACAGUCUGCUCCAGGGAGCCCAGAGUUUUACUUUCUCUUUCAGAAAGUCAAAGUUCGCCCCCUGGACUUUGAUGCUAUCACAAUUCCUAAGGCGGGAACGUUCUCCUCUGACAUCCGGGAUCGGAUCAGAACCAACCUGGAUCGUAAAGUCGCGGCUAACCUGGACCUGUCCAAGCUGUCAAUCAACCGGGCCACGGUCAUCCUCAACUCCAUCGGCAGCCUGAGCAAGAUGAAGGGCAGCGCCUGGACCUUUAAGAGGAGCCACAGCCACGAGGGGACCGUCUCCGACCCCGGCUCCUCGUCCUCGCCUCCCCUCGCCGUGGGCUUCUCCUCCCUGCUCCCUCCCUCCACACCUCCAGCCUUCUCCGCUGCAGUGUCAGUGCCUUCAAACAAAUCCCUCCCCGCUGCCUCCAGGAGCAGGAGGAAGUCUGCUCACACGGUUCUGCUGGAAGACGACAGUUCAGACGAGCCCAGGAGUCGAGGAGCUCUGGGAGGAGUCGUGGAGGACGGACAGAGGGCGAGGGGGAAGAAGAGGCGGCGACUCUACAAGUCGGAGUCGGAGGGUUUCCACUCGCCUCAGGCUUUGCCGCUGCAGAAACACAGUGAAGUCAGGCGGCCCCUGGAGGCCAAGCCCUUCCCCGUGGGCAUCAGGACCAUCGGCAGCUUCCACGGAGCCAUGACCAACAGCCGACUGAACCACCACCUGCUGCACGUGAACCACGCCGCCCCCGCCGGACACAGACAGGAAGUGGAGACCACGUACCGGGUCCAGACCGUCAUGCACGGGAACAUCACAGCCUUCAGACAACAGAAAAGCGCCCACAGCUCCCCGUCAGCACCCAGGGGCAGGCGGAGGGCCAACAGCUCCCCAGUCUUCUCCCCCCUGGUGGUCGGAGGGGAGAACUACAGCCUGGCCUCGCCCUCGGUGAGGAUCCGGACUGAGGACAGAGGGAGGGUGCAGUUCAACAGGUUCCACCACCAGACCAGUAAACGUCGGGGGCGGCCCAGAAAACACCCCCUCCCUCCCCGCCCCUCGUUGCCCUCUCCAUCCUCCUCCUCUUCCUCAUCCACCUCCUCAGCCUCGUCUUCCUCCGGCUCCUCCUCCUCUUCCUCCUCAGACGACGACGAUGAUGACGAUGAUGAGGAGGAAGUGAUGGGUGGCGGCGUGGAGCCGUGUGCCGCCCAGCGGUGUCGGCUGCCCCAGCAGGACACGGUGCAGUGGAUCCAGUGCGACGUGUGCGACGCCUGGUACCACAUAGACUGUCUGCACAUCGACCGCAAGAAGCUGCUCCGCGACCCCAACGCUGACUUCCACUGCGGCUGCCGCUGACGUUGGGCGGCAAAAUGAGCCAAAUCCACGGAUACGUUUAUUUCUUCUUUGCUCCAAGUCGGGUUGAUUGUUCUAAUGGUCACCGCAUCGACGAUCAGCCCUGAAACAAGAGUUCACACACUUUUUUUUACAUCCAGCCUGCCUCUGUCAUCACAUUCUGGUCUUUUAUGGCUCAGGCUUUGGAUAAAAUGGAACUGAAAAGGUCCGGUUUUAUUGGAGUGUGAGUAGGGCUGGGUAAUAUCCAAAAACAUGCAACCAAAAAACUGUGGUUUAAACACUGAUUCCUGAAAAGUAGUCGCUGAAAAUCCUUUUGCACAAAAAGAAAAUGACAACAUAAUACAUGCCCUUGGUGCUAGUUUUCAUCUCCUAUGCAUUUAUACACUUAAAUCAAAUUCAUAGAGUAAAAAAAUAUGAACAGAUUUACUAAAAAUACUUGCAUUUAAAUUAUGUUUCAUUUCUUUAUUUGUGUGUUUCUGCACCGUGGGAUUUUCCAUUAAAACGAGUUCAACAACAUAAAACGCACCUAUUUUCCGUGACCUUGGAACACAAUAGAGAGAAAUAAAAAUGUAUAAAAGCAUAAAAUUGCAGAAGCAGUGGCAGAAAACAUAACGUUCUGUCAUGUUCUUAGGAGGAAUUGAAAUAGUUUUGGUGCUUUGUGAAGCUCUGGUGGAACAAAUGAGACUGGUGUUUGUAACAGGCAAAAUAGUCACCAGCAUUAAUGGAUAUUUGUACAGUUCUGCUUUUAACUCAUGGGUGGAUGAGAUUUACUCACUGAAAUUUGGAAUUUGUGAUGAUAUAAGGAUGUCAGUCUGGGCUGUAGAUGUACUAAGUUUAUUACCCAGCCCUACA